GAACGCUUCACAGCUGAUUCGUAUUUUAAAUGAAACGCGGGAACGCGAUCCGGAUCAUCUUUAAAACGACGGGGCGAGCGGGUGUAGUUACGUGGGAUUUGCCUGGCACAGGGUGUAGUCCGCGGCUUUCAUCCGUAGAAGGACAACGGAGUCAAGUGCUUGUCCGGAGUUCAGGAGGGUGUUUUUGUUGCUUUAGCGGCACUUUUUAAACGACAAAAAGCCCAGUUUUGUUGAGCUACUGUGGAGUUUUGUAAGGCGGUCUAAAAUGUUUGAGACUAGUCAAGAUGACCUGUUUCUCUUCCCCACUGAAGACCAGAAUGAGGCUUUCUUUCCUGAGGAGGGCUUGGGUAGUGGGAGCUUGUCACUUGCCGAGGCCUUGCUUCCUCUGGUUGAGUCCCCAUCGCCCCCGAUGACGCCCUGGCUCUGCUCCACCCGCUACAAGACCGAGCUGUGCAGCCGCUAUGCUGAGACGGGUACCUGCAAGUAUGCCGAACGCUGCCAGUUCGCCCACGGCCUCCACGAUCUCCAUGUACCCUCCCGUCAUCCCAAGUACAAAACCGAGCUAUGCCGUACCUACCACACCGCUGGCUACUGCGUCUAUGGCACGCGGUGUCUCUUCGUGCACAACCUUAAAGAGCAGAGGCCCGUCCGUCAACGGCGCAGGAACGUGCCUUGCCGUACUUUUCGUGCGUUUGGGGUUUGCCCUUUUGGUACCAGAUGCCACUUCCUGCAUGUCGAGGGCGGUUCUGAAUCGGAUGGUGGCGAGGAAGAGCGAACCUGGCAACCUACGUCACAGUCCCAAGAGUGGAAGCCCCGUGGUGCCCUCUGUCGCACCUUCAGCGCUUUCGGUUUCUGCCUCUAUGGUACCCGUUGCCGGUUCCAACAUGGGCUUCCCAACUCGGUCAAAGGUGUCAACUCGCCCCACACAUCCUGGCCUCAUCAGACGACCAAUGGGAGAUCUCUCUCACCUGCCUCGGACACAUGUUCUUCACUAUCUCCACCAUCUUCCUCCCCUCCGUCUGCGUUGGCUUCACCAGUGUACCCUGACGGUUCUGGUCCAGUAACACCACCGUCGGUAGAAGCCGUAGCCAACAACGCCUUCACCUUCAGCAGCCAACAUCUGAAUGAUCUUCUGCUCCCCCUGGCCCUUCGGCUCCAGCAGCUAGAGAAUGCUGCCAAUGCUGGUCCUCAAGACGCUCUGGAUAAGCCACUGUUAUGAAGUCUGUGGCAGGAUCCCAGAAGCUAACUGCUAUGAGCUUUAACUCUGACUGUACUGUGCCAAAUUUUAAUUCUUUAGUGUACAGUGUCUCUUUGCCACUUGUUUUUAAUUGUCUUUUGAGACUCUCAAAUGUUGAUAAAUUCUUUUUAAUUGAAGUCUGUCUUGUACUUCUGAGGCCACUUAUUUGACAGACUGAAGCCCCUUAUGUGUAAAUUAUUUUACGUGUAUAUAAAGGAUUUGCCUAUGUGUGUUUCUAACUUAAGGAUUUUUAAACUAAUGACCUUUUUAAAUUAUUUUAGAAACAUCAACAUCCUUUUGCUCUCAAUAAAACUUCCUAAAAGGAU